AUGGAAUCGCGCGAACGUUGCGCUCGCUGUCGCGCUAAAUCGAUCGUCUGUAAGUGCGACGACCCCGGCGAGCGUUGCCGAUCCGAGCUGCACGCCUUGGAGAAGCGGACGACCUUCUCUCCGAGCGGACACGCGCCCCAAUGUACCAAGUUCCUCGGGAUCGCCGAGGAAGACGAGCGGAGACAUGAGAUCGCCGCCUGCGUUGACAAGUUCGCCCUGGCGAAAAGGCUGCACGCGGAGAACCUGCAGCACCAGCCGCUUCCGGAUCGGGUGGACGACUCCGUCUUCAGGAGGGGGUGCCGCGUCUGUUCGGCCGGCUGCGAACGGGAGGCGGUGAAGUGGCGGCAGGGUCGCGCGAGCCCCGGCGCGAGGGUGGAGAAUGGGCUGUUCGGGCCCGCGCUCGGCUGCAAGAAGCCGGAGACGCGGAUGGACCUGGCGAUCUGCUGGGAGACGCCGUUGGACCCGGUGUACGAGCCGCGCCGGCCGACGCACAUCGACGGCUCCGAGGGCGGCACGGCCCCGGCGAUCUUCGCCAUGAUCCAGCACACGCCGGUGCCGAAGAAUCGCGAGCUGCUGUCGCGCGGCGAGGGACGGGACAAGUGCGGCUGUUGCGCGCGGCAGGACGAGGCGGAGAAGGACACGGGCGGGAAUCGAUGCUGCUGCGAACAUUCCUGCAACGAACUUCGUGGCGAGCGGCGACGCGAGAAGCCGUCGAGGUCGAACUCCGUGCCGCGCAUCACCGAGCGCAGGUGCGCGGCCUGCCGGGGCGGCAAAACGGAGGCGGAAACUGAGUUCGAGCGACGGAGGAGGGACCCGCGGUUGAUCCGGUCCGCGGUGGGUCUCGCGCUCGGUAUCGAGGAGAAGCGCCGGCCGACGACGAUGACGACGACGACGAUAACGAGGAUCGGCGAGGGCGACGCGGCGCGCCGGAACGGCCUGCCGCCGGCGAAGAUGACGGUGCCGCGGCCGAGGACGCCGUUCGCGCGGCGCGCCUACUGCAUCGACAGCCUGGCGCCGCCGUUCAGCGUGGUGAGCGGCUGCCGGGACGCCGACUACCCCGAGCACUGGCGGCUCAUGUCCGUGUACCAGCAGUCGUACAGGAACCCGCAGAAACGGAGGCCUCGCCGCUUCUGA